GGAGGAGUAUAUAGAGGAACACAGGGGUCUGUACAAGGACGUGAUGAUGGAGAAUCACCGGCCCCUCACAUCACUGGAUGGACCCAGUAACAGAUAUACCCCAGUGAGACGUCCCCGUCCUCUGUAUUCCCAGUAUUGUACAGAGGAGAAUCACAGAACCCCACAGGAGGAUCAGGUAGAACGUCUUUCUUGUAUAAAGGCAGAAGAUAUAAGGAGAGAAGAAGAGACAUAUGUGACUGAUAUAAAGGCAGAAGAUAUAGAGGAAGAAGAAGAGACAUAUGUGACUGAUAUAAAGGCAGAAGAUAUAGAGGGAGAAGAAGAGACAUAUGUGACUGAUAUAAAGGCAAAAGAUAUAGAGGGAGAAGAGGAGACGUAUGUGACUGAUAUGAAGGCAGAAGAUAUAGAGGGAGAAGAAGAGACGUAUGUGACUGAUAUGAUGACAGAAGAUACAGAGGGAGAAGAAGAGAUGUAUGUGAGGGGUCAUCAGCAGUGUAAGGAGGAGGAGAUCCCUACAGAUAUCAGCACAGGAGAUGGACACACAAGCAGGAAUAUCUCAGAAGGACAUCUAAUGUUAUCCCUGGAUUCUGAAAUAACGGAUAAUGACCGUAGACUGGAUUCUCCAGGAGCUAACCCCAUUACCCCAAUUAUUCAUCCAGCUCUAUCAGAUGAUCCCUCUGAUUCUGGGAAAUGUUCUCCUGAUCACUCUGAUAUUGGUGCAUCUGUUACAGCUCUGAGAGUAGAUUCAGUGUUCCCCUGUUCUGUAGAUGCCAAAUGUUUUACACAGAACACAAACCUUAUUACUCAUCAGCCAGCUAAGGCAGGUGAGAGGCCAUUUCCAUGUUCUGAGUGUGGGAAAUGUUUCGCAUAUAAAUCAGCUUUUGUUACACAUCAGAGAAGUCACACAGGUGAGAAGCCGUAUUCCUGUUCUGAGUGUGGGAAAUGUUUUGCACACAAAUCACAUUUAGUUGUACAUCAGAGAAAUCACACAGGUGAGAUGCCAUUUUCCUGUUCUGAGUGUGGGAAAUGUUUUGCAUGCAAAUCAUAUUUUGUUAUACAUCAGAGAAGUCACACAGGUGAGAAGCCGUAUUCCUGUUCUGAGUGUGGGAAAUGUUUUGCACGCAAAUCACGUUUAGUUAUACAUCAGAGAAGUCACACAGGUGAGAAGCCGUAUUCCUGUUCUGAGUGUGGGAAAUGUUUUGCACACAAAUCACAUUUAGUUAUACAUCAGAGAAAUCACACAGGUGAGAUGCCAUUUUCCUGUUCUGAGUGUGGGAAAUGUUUUGCACACCAAUCACAUUUAGUUAUACAUCAGAGAAAUCACACAGGUGAGAAGCCAUUUUCCUGUUCUGAGUGUGGGAAAUGUUUUGCACGCAAAUCAUAUUUUGUUAUACAUCAGAGAAGUCACACAGGUGAGAAGCCGUAUUCCUGUUCUGAGUGUGGGAAAUGUUUUGCACACAAAUCACAUUUAGUUAUACAUCAGAGAAGUCACACAGGUGAAAAGCCGUAUUCCUGUUCUGAGUGUGGGAAAUGUUUUGCACACCAAUCACAUUUAGUUAUACAUCAGAGAAAUCACACAGGUGAGAAGCCAUUUUCCUGUUCUGAGUGUGGGAAAUGUUUUGCACGCAAAUCACAUCUUGUUAUACAUCAGAGAAGUCACACAGGUGAGAAGCCAUUUUCCUGUUCUGAGUGUGGGAAAUGUUUUUCAUCGACAUCACAUCUUGUUAUACAUCAGAGAAGUCACACAGGUGAGAAGCCAUUUUCCUGUUCUGAGUGUGGGAAAUGUUUUGCACGCAAAUCACAUCUUGUUAUACAUCAGAGAAGUCACACAGAUGAGAAGCCAUUUUCCUGUUCUGAGUUUGGGAAAUGUUUUGCACGGAAAUCAGUUCUUGUUAAACAUCAGCGAUUUCACAGGUGAGAAGCCAUUUUCAUGCUGUGAGAGAAAUAAAUCUGCUCUUGUUGAACAUAUUAGACAUUACCCAAAUACGGAACCAUUUACAUCUUCUGGAGUAUAAUUAUCACUGUCAUGCAAUGUUCCUCAAGGGUCAAUCCUAUCUCCUAUGCUUUAUAAAAUAUACAUGCUACCACUGGGUGAUAUAAUCAGACGUCAUGGCCUGGUCUACCACUGCUAUGCAGAUGACCUGCUUUUUGCUCCAUGUACUGAGAACCGAAUACCAAUCCUAAAUGGUUGUCUAGCUGAGCGCCAGGGGUGGAUGAUGCCAGUUGGCUGUGACUCAGUCUUUGUGAAACAUAAUAGAAGCUCACCAACAAAGGACAAGACUACAGCUUUAGCAACCAUCUGGAUUUAUGCUUUGGUGUUCAGAAUUGCAAAAUACUGAACAUGUGCUGAAUCUUUGUGAUGUCCUGGUAUGUGGCUGACACAGACAUCAGGUAUCUGCCACAUACUAAUCCUCAUUCUUCCAUGUGUGGACCAUAGCCAGAAUCAGGCACUUGAUUCCCUCAGAAGUUCAUAGACUACUACAAUGCCAUCUACCUGGGUCACCCAGCAAAAGAAUUACAGAGCUUGCAGCUAGUACAGAAUGCAGCAGCCAAGCUGUUACCUAACCAGCCCGUUCCUGCCUCAUAACACCCAUUCUCUACUCCCUUCACUGGCUGCCUGUAAGAUGACAAAUCUAUUUCAUAAUUGGCUAACUGACCUUCCCAGCCCAACAUUACAUGGUCCAAGGUACUAGAAGCAGCUUCUGCCUCCUUACUGCCCCGCUUGCUUCUACAGAUGGACUGUUACCAGCAGUACCAAGAAUCUCCUGUCAUUCAUUUAUGGGUUGAAUGUUUAGUUAUGCAGCCCUGACCAUGGAACUCACUGCCUUGCACAGUCCAAGAGGCCUCCACUCUAGAGACCUUCACAAGCAGACUGAUGACUGUUACUCACGCUUUUCAUUAAUGUACCUCUAUUUACUUCCUAAAUAAUACAUCCCAAAUGCUUAGGUCUUUUUUCUGCUGUUUAUUUUGUAUCUUGUGCUUUGUGUAAAUGUGAAUGUCUAAUACCAGUUUCCACAGUCUGUAUUGCUGCACGACAAUAUGGCGGCCAUUGGAACGUGUUUUCACUUCUAGUUUGCCUAACUUGUUGCAGACACUCAUCUUGAUAAGGAGUGCUGAGUGUUUUCUGAUACAAGAUCCUAUCCAUAUAUACCCUGUACAUUACCAUGUGCAUUAGAGUCACCCGGGUUCCAUCUGCGGUGGUUUGUUGUAUGUUACAUCUAUAUGGUGCGGAGACUCCCCUGUGUUUCAUAAUAAAAGCUUUUGUUUGCAUCUAAUUAUUACAUUAAAGCUUUUUUCUCUAACGUCCUCAGUGGAUGCUGGGGACUCCGUAAGGACCAUGGGGAUUAGCGGCUCCGCAGGAGA